AUGGUUGCGGCUCGUUACAAGAACGGCGAUGAGCUUAUCGUUGGCGUUAUUGGAGAUGAGGACACCAUCACCGGUUUUCUCUUGGCGGGAACUGGGGAUAAUUCAGCGACUGUGAAUGAGGGGAAAGGCGAGAAGAAAGAAGUUAUUCAACCCAACUACAUAGUUGUUAAUCCGAACACACCUCUGGCAGAUAUAGAGGCGGCGUUUACCAAUAUGUGUAACAAUGACUUAAUUGGUAUUAUUGUGAUAUGCCAGCACAUAGCAAAUGAUAUUCGCCACAUGAUUGAAGAGCACAAAGAACCUAUUCCGUGCAUUCUUGAGAUUCCAAGUAAAGGGGGCGUCUACGAUGCCGAGAAGGACUUUGUUUUGGGAAAAAUUACCAGAGCUCUUGGUAUACGUUAA